CUGGAGGAGAGCGAUAAUUCUCUAAUUGAAAGGCUGCGGGCGGAUAUCAUUGAAGCUUCAACAGUCGACACCAUGUAUUCGCCGCAGUCGGACAUUGUCCGCCACGUGCAUGGUAUCGAAUAUGAGGCUCUACUGUGCGAGAAGCUGCGUAACUACGGGAUCCCUUUCUUUUCAGAGGAUGCCUUGCGGGAGCAGGGGUUCUACAAGACCCCUGAUGUGAAGUUGCAGGUUCCAGUCUUGCUGUGCGGGCGUAUGGUAAACUGGAUAGACAGCAAAGCGACCUUUGGCAGUAGGCGUACGCACAUGCCGCAGAGGGAUGCGCAGUAUUUGAAGUAUGUCAACCGUUUCGGCCCGGGUGCUGUCAUCUAUUGGUUUGGUUUCGUUGAAGACCUGGCGGACUUGGAUCCAGACAUAUUGCUGCUGGAAAGAUUUCCGUCCUCAGAGGAGAUCCUACAGCUGCGCAGACUGCCUGCUUUGUAGAGUAGUAUUAGUGGGGCCGUGCCACCUUCCUCAUUUGUUUGCUUCAAUAUUGAUGCAGUGAAGAUGCGCCUUCAGUGAAGUUUUGUUAAUGUGUUGCUUUUUGCUUCGUUGUUAUCUGUAUACUGCUGAACAAGAAGGAAUGAACAUGUUGGAACAGUAACCACAGAACUUGAAUAU